GGUAUGUUCACCAACCUGCUCCUAGUAUGCCAACUCUCUCUGCCCCCUACCCUGGAACCUCCAUGUAUGUGCCAAUGCCUCAAACUAUGCCAGUAGCACAAAUGGCUUCCUCCGUUCCCAUGGCUUACUACCCAUUUGGACCUAUGUAUCCCCAUGGCUCUACAGUCCUUGUGGAAGGUGGGUUUGAUGCAGGUGCAAGGUUCGGUGCUGGAAAUAGUGCAUCUGUGCCACCACCACCACCUGGCUGUCCUCCAAAUGCAGCCCAGCUGGCAGCCAUGCAAGGUGCCAGGGUGGUUACACAAAGAAAAGGCAAUUACUUCAUGGGUGGCUCAGACGGAGGUUACACCAUGCGGUGAGAAGGAUUCUGAGGC